UGGUGGAGUGCUGGGUCGCGUCAAUGGUCCUCACGCGGGAAGGGCAGCAACCGAGUCAGCGCGCCUGCGCGGCCGAGCCGGGGAGGUCGGGGUGCGGAGAGUUGGUGGCUGGUAAUUGAGGCAGGAGGCGGAGGCAGAUCUAGAUCCUUUUGCACAGUGGUAUCCCCUUCCUGCCACAUUCCUCAUCCUGGCAAUGAUGAUAAUUGCAUCCGAACCAUGUACACUUUCUAAAGCAUGUGUUAGACAGUAAUAAUGUCAAAUAAGGAGGUGAAGGCUGCAUUGAAAAGUGCCAGAGAUGCAAUAAGAAAUAAAGAAUACAAAGAAGCCUUAAAACAUUGCAAGGCAGUGCUGAAACAAGAGAAAAAUAACUACAAUGCCUGGGUGUUUAUUGGCCUGGCAGCUACAGAGUUAGAGCAGCCCGAUCAGGCCCAAAGUGCAUACAAAAAGGCUGCUGAACUUGACCCAGGCCAGCUACUGGCAUGGCAGGGAUUAGCAAAUUUGUAUGAGAAAUCUAACCAAGCAGAUGUCAAAGAAAACUUGUUCAAUGUUUACCAAAAGCUCUUGGAACUCUAUGAAAGUACUGACAAGCAGAAGUGGUGUGAAGUAUGUGGGAAACUUGUGGAACUGUAUCACCAAGAAAAAAAAUACCUAGAGGUGGCUCACACAUGGCAUAAACUGAUAAAGAUAAAACAGGAGGAAGGUGCAGAUAAUGCUGAGCUCCACCAGCUAUGGAAGAGGCUGAUCCAAUUACUGCCAGACAGUACACAGAUUCAAGAUAAUGAGACACAGCAGUUGCUUUUGACUGCAUUUGAACAUGCGGUGAACUCUGCAGACACGGUUCCCAGUGAAGAUCACAAAAAGCUUUAUAGAAACUUCAUUCAGUGUUUGUCAAAAUUUCCUCAUGAGACUGCUAGGCUGAAGAAGGCCUGUGAUGAUAUGAUGGUUUUGUAUCCUACCAUGAGUUAUCCUUUAGAAGUGCUCUGCUUGCACUUUAUUCAGUCAGGCAGUUUCACUGAAGAGGCCCUGCGUUGUUGUUGCAGGCUUAUGGAGAUGGACUCAAGUAGCAGCCCAGGCCUUAUUGGUUUAGGGAUCAAAUUCCUCCAAGAAAAAAAAUAUGAAGAAGCUGUCAAGAGGCUAACUGAAGGUUUGCAGCAGACCAGCCAGUGUCAAACAGCAUGGUAUUAUCUGGCAGAGGCGCAAAUGAAAAUGCAUAGACAUAAAGAAGCUGUUAUUUCCUGCAAUCGAGCUCUUAAGAUAUCAGCACAAUUUGAUGAUGAUGGUGGCAAUCUACAGCAGAAGUACAUUGCCCUUCGUUUGAAAGCAGAGGCUCUUAUUAAAAUAGCAGAUGCUGAUGCUGCAGAAGAAGCCAUUAGCACUCUUGAGCAGGUUUCAGAUAUAAACAAUGACCCAGUGCUUCUAGCUCUCAAAGGUCAGGCUUAUAUGAACAAAGGUUUGAUUGCUAAAGCUUCAAAGCUUGCACAGCAGCUCGUGUUGUCCCACCCUCACCUGGCAGAAGCCCAUGCUCUUGAGGGUUUGAUUUAUUAUACCCAAAAGAAUUAUCAACAGGCAGAGAGAAGCUUUCAAAGAGCAAUUGAAAGAAAAGCUGAAACUGCAGAGUACCAUCACUACCUAGGACUCACUUACUGGUUCAUGGGUGAAGAAAUAAGGAAAGAUAAAACAAAAUCUCUCACUCAGUUUCUGAAGGCUGCAAAAUUGGACAGCUACAUGGGAAGCGUCUUCUGCUAUUUAGGUCAUUACUACAGAGAUGUAGCUGGAGACAAAAGCAGAGCUCGUGGCUGCUAUAAAAAGGCUUUUGAACUAGAUAGAACAGAUGGAGAAGCUGGAGCAGCAGCUGUAGACUUAAGUGUGGAACUUGGAGACACGGAGACUGCUUUGGCAAUCUUGACUUCAGUAACUGAAAGAGCAAGUGCUGGUACAGCAAAGUGGGCCUGGCUUCGUCGUGGACUUUACUACCUGAGAGCCAGUCAGCACUCCCAAGCAGUGGCUGACUUGCAGGCAGCUCUAAGGGCAGAUCCAAAGGACUCCAACUGUUGGGAGUCUCUAGGAGAGGCAUACCUGAGCAGAGGUGGAUAUACAACAGCACUGAAGUCCUUUAAGAAGGCCAGUGAGCUGAAUCCUGAAUCGAUAUACAGUAUUUACAAGGCUGCAUCAAUUGAGCAGAUUCUGGGAAAAUAUAAAGAUGCUAUAGCUGAAUACCAACAAAUCUUAAAGAAGUCAAAAGAAUAUGUACCUGCACUCAAAGGUCUGGGUGAGUGCUAUCUCAUGAUGGCACGGGCUGCUCUUGCAGACUAUCUUGAUGGGAAAGUUCUAGAUUACGUAGAACAAGCACUUGAAUAUUUUACACGAGCAACAAAGCAUCGUCCUGACGUGUCUUGCCUUUGGAAACUACUUGGGGAUGCAUGUACUAUUGUGCAUGUCAUUUCAUCAUCCAGAGUGAAUGUUAAAGUUCUGGGAUCCCUUCUUGGUCAGAAUGAAGGCAAACAAAUGCUGAAGAAAAGUGAGAUCCUCAGUUUGGGAGGAAGGUGUUAUGGCAGAGCAUUAAAACUGAUGUCCUCACCUAACACAUGGUGUGAUCUUGGAAUAAACUACUAUCGUCAAGCACAGCACCUAACAGCAGCCAGUUGUGACACGAAUGAGAUCAGUGAACUGUUAGAGAAAUCUUUACAGUGUCUCAAAAAAGCCGUGAGUCUUGAUAGUAAAAACCAUCUCUAUUGGAAUGCACUUGGUGUGGUUGCCUGUUGCAGUGGUGUUGGGAAUUAUGCUCUUGCUCAACAUUCAUUCAUCAAAUCUGUUCAAGCUGAACAAAUAAAUGUUGUUGCCUGGACCAACUUGGGGGUUUUGUACUUAGCAACUGAAAACAUUCAGCAAGCUCAUGAAGCCUUCAAAGUAGCUCAGUCCCUUGAGCCAUCUUAUUUAAUGUGCUGGAUUGGACAGGCUCUUAUUGCAGAGGCUGUAGGCAGCUAUGAAACUAUGGAUCUCUUCAGGCACACCACUGAACUCAGUAUGCAUACUGAGGGAGCAAAAGGCUAUGCUCAUUGGGUAUGCUCAACGCUGCAAGAUAAAACCAACAGAGAAACAGAGCUGUAUCGGUACAACAUUGUUCAAAUGAAUGCUAUUCCAGCAGCGCAGGUGGUUUUGAGUAAAUACACAGAAAGAAUUCAAAAUGAUGCAUCUGCUUUCACGAUGCUGGGUUAUUUGAAUGAACAUCUGCAACUGAAAAAGCAGGCAACAAAGGCUUAUCAAAGGGCGGUCUCAUUGCUGAAGAACUCUGAAGAUAAAGAGAAGUAUAACAUAUCAAUGCAAAAUUAUGGUAGAUCACUCUGUGCCAUAGGUCAAUAUGACAAGGCCAUCCAGGCUUACAUGUCCACUCCUCUCGCAGAGUUAGAUGCCAUUGUAGGAGUUGCACUAGCUUACUUCAAGAAAGGGCUUUUACAAGACAGCAUUAAAGCCUAUGAGACAGCCUUAUCUCUUGCCAAAUCUGAACAAGACAAAGCCCAUAUCUUGACAGCCCUUGCAAUAUUGGAGUACAAACAGAAUAAAGUGGAUGCUGCAAAGACAUUGCUGUUUAAAUGCUCUAUAUUAAAGGAACCUACCACAGAAAGCCUGCAGGCUCUGUGCACUCUAGGUCUGGCGAAGCAGGAUGCUACACUUGCAACAGCAGCCCUUAAAGAAUUACUGAAGCACACAAAAAGCAAGGAUAAUGUUUAUGAGAGAUGCCUUAUUACAUCUGCUGUGUAUGCACUGCAAGGUAGAAAUGUGGGAGUGCAGAGGCAAGCUUCCAAAGCUGUCCAUAGUAACCCAGAUGAUCCUGCCCUUUGGGCUCUUCUGUCUCGACUUGUUCCUCUGUAUACGCCACAAAAUGCAAAGGGUGGAGCUGUGGCAGGAAAUGUUGCUCAUAUACUUGAUUUAAACCAUGGAAAGAAAGCCCUGCUGCAUACUGCAGUUAAUCAGUUGGCGAUGGGAUGUCAUUCAGCUGAAGAUGAGAAAAACAAUGCACUGAAAGAUAUCCAAAAGGCAGUCCAUCUUUUUCCAGAUGAUCCUGCUACAUGGGCAGUGCUAAUGGGUGCCUGCCAUGCUGAAAAUACUGUUGUCUAUUUGAACAACACACAGCCUAAGAGAAGAAACCUAGAAAUGACACUUGUAGCCACAGUUUCAGCCAAAACUAAAGAAAUGGACCUUUCAGCUGAGUACAUCGAGGCUCUUGAAGUCUGGUCUCUUUGUCAGGCUAUUACUGGUUUAAAAGAGACUGGCAGAAUUACAGAAGCUGAGGCUCUCUGCACAAAGGGUUUAAAAAGUUGCCCUAAUCACCCAGAUCUGUUCCUGCUCUUGAGACAAGUUCAGUGUAAACAGCUUUUUCAGUCACACAAAGAGCUUCCAGAUGCCAUUUUGGAGGAACUUCAUAAAACUGUCAUGUCCAACUCCACUUCAGUAACAGCAUGGCAUUGGCUUGCAAAAGUGUACCAGUCUCAAAGAAUGAUGGUUGCAGCAGAGAUGUGUUACAGAAAGAGUCUACAGUUGGCAUCCCAACAGGGCAGUUGGAACGGGAAGUUAUCAAGUUUACUCAGGCUAGCUAUGCUUGCGCUGGAAAUCUACAUGGCUAACAUUUCAAAUGAUCAUUGGCCAUCCUUGGUUCAGGAGGCAACAACUGAAGCCUUGAAACUUUUCUUCUGCCCACUGGCUGUUCUUCUGCAAGCGCUUCUGCAGUACAAUCGCAAAAUGGGAGCGAGGGAGACUCGUCGAAUGUUGGAAAGAGUGGUGUAUCAGCCUGGAUAUCCAGAAACCAUAGUAUCAGUUGCACGCUGGUACCUCCUAAGACAUUUAUAUGCCAAAGAUGAUUAUGAAUUAAUAGAUGCGCUUGUAGCGAAUGCCAAAGCUAAUGGAGAUACUAGAUUUCUGGAAUUAGACAAGAAAUUAUCAGCAUCUGCCUAGCAUGGACUUCUUUCAGUGGGCAACCAGAAGGAAAAAAAGGAAAUUUAUGAAACCCAAUUCACACCACCUGCCAGAAAAUCUGUUUUUUUUAAGUGAAAAUCAUUUUUUGUUAGACAAAAUCAAAUUGCUUUAAAAUAUUUUUUUACGAUGGACACUGCCAUCAACCUGUUUUUCCUUUAGUUAAAACUCAAGUUCAUUUAACUUCUAUUUUUCCUCACUGAUACAUUUAUGUUGUGCUGCUGCGAUGCAGAAUCCUUUUUUUUUUUUUUUUUUUUUUUUUUUUGCCUGUUGGAGUUUACAGCAGAUGUCCCUGCUCCUCACAUGGACAUUACUUAUCAUUUUGCACUUGCAGUGGUACAAAGCAAGAUAAGUUUCUACUUUUUGAAACAAAGCCUUAAGUUGUCAAAGUAGUAUGCAAAUUCAUAUUUUUUAAGUUUUUUCCCAACUGUUGUAACUUUUCAGAAAUCUAAGCUUUCUAUAAUAUUCAUUAUAUUACAGUUGUGACUCAAAUACAUUUGCAACUCCACAUGCAGUGGCGGGAAGCAAAAAAAUAUUUAACACUGCAACUGAUUAGGUUGCAGACAGGAGGAACCAGAUUUCUACACCAUCCUCUGGUCAAGGGAAAUAUAAAUAAGUUAAAACUGAGAUUUUGCACAAUGAUCCGAUCCAUGGUUAUAAUUAUAAAUGUGUAUGGCAAUUUGUAUUUAUGAUUUUUUGGUAACCCUGCUCUUGAUUGCUUAUUUGGAUUAAUCAUGAUAACAAUUCUUGACACACGAUGCAAUUCUGCCCUGUACUUCCAUGUAGUUAAAAUAAAACGCAAUGAAUCUAA